AUGAAGACAAAACUUAACAUGCUGUCUUCCAACUUAUACAAAAUUGAUGCUCAGUUACCAUUACCAGUUAUACCAUCUCCAUUACGUCCUCAGUUACCAUUACCAGUUAUACCAUCUCCAUUAAAUCCUCAAUUACCAUUACCCGUUAUACCAUCUCCAUUACCUCCUCACUUACCAUUACCAGUUAUACCAUCUCCAUUACCUCCUCAGUUACCAUUACCAGUUAUACCAUCUCCAUUACCUCCUCAAUUACCAUUACCAGUUAUACCAUCUCCAUUACCUCCUCAGUUACCAUUACCAGUUAUACCAUCUCCAUUACCUCCUCAGGUACCAUUACCAGUUAUACCAUCUCCAUUACCUCCUCAGUUACCAUUACCAGUUAUACCAUCUCCAUUACCUCCUCAAUUACCAUUACCAGUUAUACCAUCUCCAUUACCUCCUCAAUUACGAUUACCAGUUAUACCAUCUCCAUUACCUCCUCAAUCAACAUUACCAUUACCAUUACCAGUUAUACCAUCUCCAUUACCUCCUCAAUUACCAUUACCAGUUAUACCAUCUCCAUUACCUCCUCAAUUACCAUUACCAGUUAUACCAUCUCCAUUACCUCCUCAGUUACCAUUACCAGUUAUACCAUCUCGAUUACCUCCUCAGUUACCAUUACCAGUUAUACCAUCUCCAUUACCUCCUCAGUUACCAUUACCAGUUAUUCCAUCUCCAUUACCUCCUCAAUCACCAUUACCAGUUAUACCAUCUACAUUACCUCCUCAGUCACCAUUACCAGUUAUACCAUCUCCAUUACCUCCUCAAUUACCAUUACCAUUACCAUUACCAGUUAUACCAUCUCCAUUACCUCCUCAAUUAUCAUUACCAGUUAUACCAUCUCCAUUAGCUCCUCAAUUAUCAUUACCAGUUAUACCAUCUCGAUUACCUCCUCAGUCACCAUUACCAGUUAUACCAUCUCCAUUACCUCCUCAAUCACCAUUACCAGUUAUACCAUCUCCAUUACCUCCUCAGUCACCAUUACCAGUUAUGCCAUCAUCAUUACCUCCUCAAUUACCAUUACCAGCUAUACCAUCUCCAUUACCUCCUCGAUUACCAUUACCAGUUAUACCAUAUCCAUUACCUCCUCAUUUACCAUUACCAGUUAUACCAUCUCCAUUACCUCCUCAGUUAUCAUUACCAGUUAUACCAUCUCCAUUACCUCCUCAGUUACUAUUACCAGUUAUACCAUCUCCAUUACCUCCUCAAUUACCAUUACCAGUUAUACCAUCUCUAUUACCUCCUCAGUUACCAUUACCAGUUAUACCAUCUCCAUUACCUCCUCAGUUACCAUUACCAGUUAUACCAUCUCCAUUACCUCCUCAAUCACCAUUACCAGUUAUACCAUCUACAUUACCUCCUCAGUUACCAUUACCAGUUAUACCAUCUACAUUACCUCCUCAAUUACCAUUAUCAGUUAUACCAUCUCCAUUACCUCCUCAAUUACCAUUACCAGUUAUACCAUCUCCAUUACCUCCUCAAUCACCAUUACCAGUUAUACCAUCUCCAUUUCCUCCUCAAUUACCAUUACCAGUUAUACCAUCUCCAUUACCUCCUCAAUCACCAUUACCAGUUAUACCAUCUCGAUUACCUCCUCAGUUACCGUUACCAGUUAUACCGUCUCCAUUACCUCCUCAAUUACCAUUACCAGUUAUACCAUCUCCAUUACCUCCUCAAUCACCAUUACCAGUUAUACCAUCUCCAUUACCUCCUCAAUCACCAUUACCAGUUAUACCAUCUCCAUUACCUCCUCAAUUACCAUUACCAGUUAUACCAUCUCCAUUACCUCCUCAAUUACCAUUACCAAUUAUACCAUCUCCAUUACCUCCUCAAUCACCAUUACCAGUUAUACCAUCUCCAUUACCUCCUCAAUUACCAUUACCAGUUAUACCAUCUCCAUUACCUCCUCAAUUACCAUUACCAGUUAUACCAUCUCCAUUACCUCCUCAGUUACCAUUACUAGUUAUACCAUCUCCAUUACCUCCUCGAUUAAUUACCAGUUAUACCAUCUCCAUUACCUCCUCAGUUACCAUUACCAGUUAUAUCUCCAUUACCUUCUCAAUUACCAUUACCAGUUAUACCAUCUCCAUUACUUCCUCAGUUACCAUUACCAGUUAUACCAUCUCCAUUACCUCCUCGAUUAAUUACCAGUUAUACCAUCUCCAUUACCUCCUCAGUUACCAUUACCAGUUAUAUCUCCAUUACCUCCUCAAUUACCAUUACCAGUUAUACCAUCUCCAUUACCUCCUCAAUUACCAUUACCAGUUAUACCAUCUUCAUUACCUCCUCAGUUACCAUUACCAGUUAUACCAUCUCCAUUAG